CGAUAUUGCACGUGCUACAUCCGUGAAGGCAUACUGAUGACCCAAGAGGGUGUGGUGAGUGUCUUCGGAAGCGACCCUAUUUCUCCCCACUCGAUGGAUUGUAUUGAUUGCGCAGUAUGCCGGUCGCUCUGAUCGCAUCAUCGGAGAUGCAAUCAAUGUUGAGUGCAUGCCCCAACCAGGCAUCAGAAUCUGGACUGUUGUUACGGAGUACAGCUUAUCAAAACAAUGCUCGACGUGACACGGUAUCUUCGAAUGUCGCGGGUUAAGGUCGAUACCGCAUCACGAAAUCCGAAGGAUCAAUUCGACAUCUCAACAUCUCAUCACGAUUUUGCGGGACUGGACUCGACAUCGUGUCACGGGACAUCUCGACCAAUUCAACUCAAGCAGCAUGUUUAAAUCCUCGUGUUCACUCGACAAUCGACAUUAUCCUAAGCAUCUGAUGCAACCUGACAAAUCCACCAAGUCUUUGAUCAAAUGACGACCAGUUCUCACAAGAAGCUCCAUCUUGCCGCGUUCACUGGUUUUCCUGGCUGGUCUCAAACAUGGCGCGACCCAGACUUACAUGCACUGGAUAGCCUCGACGUGGACUACUAUAUCAAAUUCGCCAAACUCGCUGAAGAAGGCAAUUUGACACGCUCUGUCUCGCGGACGGAGCAUCAUUCCACGGCGGCUCUUUUGCUCAACACUUGUCGAGUUGACAAUGAGCCAACACAUGUCGCACGACAGCUUGCAAGCCUUGAUCACAUCAGCCAUGGGCGAGCUGGUUGGAACGUAGUGACCACUCCUGGUCCAGGUGCUCGCAACCUGGGUAUCCCUGUAGAAGAUGGAAAGGCAAAAUACAAAAGAGCAGCAGCGUUUCAUGACGCGGUAACGCAGCUGUGGGAUAGUUAUGAGGAUGACGCCUUCGUACGAGACAAGAAGAGUGGAAUAUUCCUCGACAUGAGCAAGGUCCACCCUCCUAAGAUCGACAAUGACCUCUUCAGGGUGUCUCAAGCUCUCACAGUUGAGCGCACUCCUCAAAGCCACCCGGUAACGGUACAGGCAGGCACCUCGCCAGAGGGCAUGGCACUCGGUGGUGCGAUAGCCGACUUCGUCUACUGCGCCAACUAUUCAAUCGCGGAUGGACAGAAAACCUACAACUCGCUAAAAUCAUACGCCACCGCAGCAGGGAGAAACCCAGACCAUCUGCUAGUCAUGACCGGAGUCGUUGUAAUAUGGGGAGAAACCCAAGAGGAGGCUGAACGCAAAUUCGAGAAAGCCAUCUCGGCAUGGCCAAUCGAUGUCGCUGUACAAAGUCUGGCCUUUGACUUCAAGGGCUUCGAUCUCGAUGAUCCAUUCCCCGAUACUUCUGAACAAGAUGUGCGGUCCAAAGGUCGUGCCGUUGCUAUUACGUCUUAUGCUCGCUCAGAUGGCUUGACUAUCAGGCAAGCAGCGCAGCAUUGCUCCAUCGGACUGGGUCAUCGACCCCUGGUUGGUACAACACAGUCUAUUGCAGAUGAUCUGCAAGCAUGGUUGGAUGCCGAAGCGACCGAUGGAUUUGUGAUACAGCCAUUACAUAUCAAAGGCUUGCAGGAGUUCAAUGAGCAUGUUAUACCGGAGCUUGUGCGAAGAGGAAUUUUCCGAAGCGAGUAUGAGGGAAAGACACUGCGUGAGAAUUUGGGUGUUCCUAGACCACCCAAUAGAUAUUUGCAGUAG